AUGGCUGCAUCCCCUGGGAAAGGCAAGCGGAAUGGAUUUAAAGUGCUGGUCGCCACUCUUUCGGUGGCGUUGGUUUACUCCUAUAACAUCGAUCUGGACCACCCGGUGAUUUACCAAGGGCCCAAUAACUCUUUCUUUGGCUACUCUGUGCUGGAGCAUUACUACGACAAUACGAGAUGGGUCUUGGUUGGUGCCCCAAAGGCAGAUUCUAAAUACAGUGCCUCUCUUAAGUCCCCAGGAGCUGUGUUUAAAUGUCGUGUUCACACUAAUCCUGAUAGGAGGUGCACAGAACUGGAUAUGGGUCGAGCUAAUGUUCAGGGAGUGCCCUGCGGGAAGACAUGUAAAGAGGACAGAGAUGAAGAAUGGAUGGGUGUAAGUCUGGCAAGGCAGCCCACGGCUGCAGGAAGUAUACUGGCCUGUGCACACCGUUGGAAAAAUGUCUACUAUGAGACAGAGUACAUCCUUCCACAUGGCUUUUGCAACAUCAUCCCACCCAAUCUAGGCUCCAAUGGUAAAAAGUUAAUGCCAUGCUAUGAAGAGUACAAGAAGAAAUAUGGCGAAGAGCACGGCUCGUGUCAGGCUGGAAUAGCAGGCUUCUUCUCAAAGGAACUGGUCAUCAUGGGAGCUCCAGGGUCUUACUACUGGACAGGAACCAUCAAAGUACUGAAUCUUACUGAUAAUACAUAUUUCAGACUGAAUGAUGAAUCUGUGAUAGCCAAGCGGUACACAUACCUUGGAUAUGCAGUGACAGCAGGUCACUUCUCCCAGCUGACAACCACAGACAUCGUGGGAGGAGCUCCCCAGGAUGGAGGCAUCGGAAAGGUAUACAUUUUUCGCACCGAUAAGAGGUCUGGUUCGUUAAUAAAGAUUUUUCAGGCUUCAGGUAAAAAGAUGGGCUCUUACUUUGGCUCCUCCUUAUGUGCAGUUGAUCUGAAUUCUGACGGACUUUCAGACCUCCUGGUUGGAGCGCCCAUGUUUUCUGAAAUCCGGGAUGAAGGUCAAGUCACUGUCUACCUCAGCAGAGGAAAUGGCGUCCUGGAAGAGCAGCUUGUUUUGUCGGGUGACAAUGCCUACAAUGCACACUUUGGGGAAAGCAUGGCUUCCCUGGGGGAUAUUGACGACGAUGGAUUCCCAGAUGUCGCCAUUGGUGCUCCUAAAGAGGAUGACUAUGCAGGAGCAGUCUAUAUCUAUCAUGGAUACAUUGGUGGCAUCACACCUCAAUAUUCUAUGAGGAUAUCUGGAAAACAGCUAAGCCCAAGAUUGCAGAUGUUUGGCCAGUCCAUUUCUGGAGGAGUUGAUAUGGAUGGAAAUGGUUAUCCAGAUGUGACAGUUGGAGCCUUUAUGUCAGACAAUGUGAUUCUACUAAGAUCCAGGCCUGUCAUUACUAUGGACAUCUUCAUUUUCUUGCCCGCAUACAUUGACAUCACAGCUCCUCAGUGCCAUGAUGGAUUGCAGCAGGUGAACUGCCUAAACAUCACAGCCUGCUUCAGUUUCAAGGGCAAACAUGUUCCAGGACUGAUAGGAUUGAAUUACAACUUGACAGCAGAUGUGGCUAAAAAAGAAAAGGGUAGCCCAAUCCGGGUUUACUUUGUCUCUUCUGGGGAAGCAAUGGGCCAGAUCUCGGAGCAGUUGGAGCUGUCUUAUAUGCAGGAGAAAUGCAAGCACUACCUGGCCUAUGUGAAGAGAAGAGUCAAAGAUGUGAUAUCACCAAUUGUAUUUGAAGCUGCAUAUAGUCUUGGGGAACAUAUUGUGGCCAAGGAGGAAAAAGAAUUACCUGCACUCAGGCCUGUACUCCGAUGGAAAAAGGGACAGAAGAUGGCUCAGAGAAAUCAGACUGUUUUUGAGAGAAAUUGUCAGUCAGACGACUGUGCUGCUGAUCUGAAACUUCAGGGGAAACUAUUCCUGUCCAGUGUUGAUGACAGGGCUCCCUAUCUGGCGCUGGGAGCGGUGAAGAACAUCUCGCUGAACAUCUCCAUUUCCAACAUUGGGGACGAUGCGUAUGACACGAACAUAGCCUUCAACUUCUCCAAGGAGCUCUUCUUCAUCAAAAUGUGGCAAAAGGAAGAAAUGGGCAUUGCGUGUGAGUUGCUGGAACCAGACUCAGAUUUCCUGAAGUGCAGUGUGGGCUUUCCCUUCAUGAGAUCAAAAUCCAAGUACGAGUUCAGUGUUAUCUUUGACACCAGUCAUCUGUCUGGGGAGGAGGCGAGUCUUACAUUCCUUGCCACUGCUCAGAGUGGGAACUUGGAACACAACCUCCAUGACAACUCUCUCACCCUAUCUGUUCCCCUGAUGCACGAAGUGGACUCAUCCAUCACUGGAGUGGUGUCCCCCAGUUCUUUUACUUAUGGCGAGUCUGUGGCAGCAUCACAAUUUAUUCAGCUGGAAGAUUUUGAGUGUGAUUUUCAGGACCUCAACAUCACUCUUCAGGUCUACAAUGCUGGCCCAAGCACUCUCCCUGGUUCUUCUGUCAAGAUUUUAUUUCCGAACCACCUCUCAACUAAUGGAGCUGAAAUGUUUCAUAUUCGGCAGGUGAUGGUUGCCCAGGACAAGGGAAACUGCUCUUUUCAAAAAAACCCAACCCCCUGCAUCAUCCCUCAAGAAAAGGAGAACAUUUUUCACACAAUAUUUGCCUUUUUCACCAAGUCUGGGAGAACAGUUCUGGACUGUGGAAGAUCAAGCAAGCCCUGCUCAAUUAUACACUGUAACUUAAGCUCACUAGCAAAAGCAGAAUCGCGAAUCAUAGAUGUGCAGAUGCUGUUGAAUACCGAGAUAUUAAAAAAGGACAGUUCAUCAGUCAUUCAGUUUGUAACAACGGCAAAGGUGAAGGUGGACACGACGGUCCGGGCAGUAGAAGUCCCCAACGGGAAUUCAGAAGAAGCGACGGUGGUCUUUGAGGCCUUGCAUAAUCUGGAGCCUCGCGGUUAUGUGGUUGGAUGGAUCAUUGCUAUCAGUUUGCUGGUGGGAAUUCUCAUCUUCUUGUUGCUGGCUGUGCUGCUAUGGAAGAUGGGAUUCUUUCGCAGAAAAUACAAAGAGAUCAUUGAGGCUGAGAAGAACAGGCAAGAGAAUGAGGAUAGCUGGGACUGGGUCCAGAAAAGCCAGUGAACUGCUGCGGGAGGGGAAAACAUGGAAAGCCCAGUCAUGUGACGCACGAUUACUACCCUGUUGGUCCUGCUCUUGUAUCUUCCAUAUGUGGAAGAAGGAAUCUUCUCCAGAUUUUUCGGAGGCCCUGCUGACACUGUUGUUCUUCAUCAUCUUAAGCUAGGGGACGUAUCCUGAGGCAACCACUGCAGACAUGUCAGGUGACUGGAGCAAUUUAUACUUCCUGGAAGAGAUGAACUUUGAUAACUGAGCUGCAGUGCAGAGCAAUAUUUAUGAAUCCAACGUAUGUGGUAUACCCUCAGGGGAAGACUCUUGCCUUAAAAAAAAGUAUUUUUUAUAAAUAUAAGCUUUUUAUACUGACUAUGUCUUUUUAUAUAUUUGUAUCAAUGUUUUAUGUUUUCUAUUGAAUAGCUAUAUAUAUAAAUAUAUAUAGUUCACUAAGGUUGCAAUUCUGUGCAUACUUACCUGGGAGGAAGCCCCAUUGAAUAUAGUGGGACUCUCUUCUGAGUUCACAUGCAUAGGAUUGUGCUGUAAAGCACUGAUAUCCAGCUGAUGUCUUGGACAUGCAUAUGUGUAUAUAUCAAUCAUACUGUACUUUCGAAUUUCAAUGCAGAAGAGACAAGCAGAUGAAACUAGAUGAGACCUCACAUAGUAAAAACCACCAAUCUUGGUGAUGGUGUAUAUAAAGCCUCCAGUGGCACUAAGCCGAAGUCUAUAUAU